GCAUUCGCGCGUCUAGAGCGAAAUAGACGCGCGUGAAAAACAAGCGCUUGAAGCGAAAUUGACGCGCUUUCGAGGCGAAAUCCGCUUCUAGUGGGAGGGGCAAGUGCUAGCGGUUGUCUGUUUGCAAGAUGGCUGAUGUUGAUCGAGUAUUCAUCGAGAAAGUUACCGCUUUAUAUUUGCUCUGGAGAGCAGAACAGCGGCGUAGGGGUCAGCGUCACCGUACUUGGGUCCACCAGACCCUCCGGAGGCGUUCCCAGUUUGGUGAGUUUCAUCAUUUGCUGCAGGAGCUGCGCCUGGAUGACGGCCGCUUUCAGCGGUACUUCCGCCUGUCUCGCGCCCAAUUUGAUGCCCUGUUGUCCCGCGUCGGAGCGAGGAUCACUCUCCAGGACACCAACUACAGGCGCUCUAUAACAGCUGCGGAGCGCCUGUCCAUCUGUCUUCGGUUUCUUGCCACUGGGGACUCAUUCAGGACCAUAGCGUCCAGCUACAGGGUGGGUGUCUCCACGGUGUGCCAGAUUGUCCCCCAGGUAGUGACUGCCAUCUGGGACUGCCUUGUGGAGGACUACAUGGCUGUGCCCACCACUGGUGACUGGAGGUCCAUCGCAGAGGGAUUCCAGGAGCGGUGGAACUUCCCUUUGUGCUGUGGAGCGGUGGAUGGGAAGCAUGUGGUGAUGAAGGCACCCCCCAACUCAGGAUCCCAGUUCCACAAUUACAAGGGAACCUUCUCCAUUGUUCUCCUUGCAGUUGUGGAUGCGAAGUAUCGCUUCCGGGUGAUCGAUGUUGGGGGGUACGGCAGGACCAGUGACGGUGGGAUCCUGGCGAACUCCGCCUUUGGGCAGGCUCUGCGGACUGGCACACUUCAUCUGCCUCCUGACCAGCCUCUACCUGGUGCUGAUGAAAGAGGACCCCAGCCCCAUGUCUUUGUGGCUGAUGAGGCGUUCCCGCUGCGGAGGAACCUCAUGCGGCCUUUCCCUGGACGCACCCUUCCUUUGGAGAGGCGUGUCUUCAAUUACCGUCUCUCCAGAGCCCGACUGGUGGUGGAGAAUGCCUUUGGCAUCCUCUCCUCACAGUGGAGGAUGUACCGGCGGCUCAUCGAGGUCCACCCUGAAGUUGCGGAGAACUGUGUGAAGGCGACAUGUGUUCUCCACAACUUCAUGAGGUGUUCGGAGAGGAGAGAGGCACCUGCUGUGAGGGGCGCGGGACAAGCUGGAGAGGAGCCACUGCCAGGUCUGGGUCGGGUUGCAGCAAACUUCUCCUCCAGAGAGGCAGUCCGGGUGAGGGAUGUCUUCAUGGCACACUUCUCAGCGGAGGGAGCAGUAGCAUGGCAGCCGACGGAGUAGUGUUUGAAGUCCUACUGAUGACUUCCCCACAACGGCUCUUUUAAGAGCCACCCACAAACCUAUAAAGAGCAUGACUAUCUUAAAAGAGUUUUACAUCCAUUACUAAUA